AUGGCCUGUGACAUCAUGGCAUACAGGAAGGUGUGUGACGCCCAGGGCGGCCCACUGGUCGGUGAGGUUCUGCACUGCUCUGGAGGACUGGAUCUUGACUGGGACCUGGACAAGGAGGAGUUACAGGAGCCAGGACCCAGCAUGGAUCGCAUGCAGAUGCAGCACGUAGACUGUCAGAGAUCUGGGUGUACAGACCCUGGCCCUGAUCCCGACCCUGAGCUGAUGGAACCCAUCCAGCCGUCGGUUUCAGUUUCACCACAUGGACGGUUUGAGCGGCUCCAAGAAGAUCCCAACUACAUCUCCCACUUCACCAGGGCUCCUGCCCAUAAAGGUCAACGACGACUCCACUGCUUCCUGCUGAGGUACUUUCUAGCAGCAGUGGGGUUUUUUGUCCUGGGUCUCCUGAUUGGCUGGUUCACUCACACACCUACCGUCAAACCACCUGUUCCUCUUUCUGACAGCUCUGACCUGCUGGAGGAGCUGCUGAGAGGCAUCACAGCCGACAAGAUAGACGCUCUUCAGAGGUCUUUCUCCAGUCUGUCGGAUGAUAGCGAGGAGGCCAGAGCCCGGUACCUCUACAGGCAGUGGGUGGGACUCGGUUUGACUGAUGUCCAUCUGUCCAAUCACACAGUGCUACUCAGCCUGCCCGGUUCCACACCCAACACCAUCACUGACCGCUCCAGUCACCAGUGUUUCCUGCCAAACGGGAUCCCCUGUGACCAGCGUGGACCGAAUGACCUGCCGAAGCAGCAGUUCUCCUACGCAGCCUACUCUGCCGUUGGAAAUCUGCAGGGAGAGGUGGUGGAUGUUCAGUAUGGCAGUGAAGAUGACCUGAGGAGAGCCAAAGACCGCAUGAACCUCACCAACCAGAUUGCUGCAGUCAAGCUUGGUCAAGCCCCUUUGCUGUACAAGCUGUCUCUACUCUCUGAGCUGGGUUUUGGGGGUGUCCUGCUUUACACUGACCCAUGCGACGCUCCCCUCGGCCGUCACACCUGGAAUCAAGCCUUCAGAGUCACUCUCAACCCCGGAGGAAACCCUGCCAUUGCUGGACUAUCAAGAGAGGCUGGAGGAAGCCUGACGUCUCUGUUGGUUCAGCCAAUCUCUGCCUUCCUGGCCAAGGCGUUACUGUCCUCUCCAUCCGCAGGGCAGGGAGGCUCCUGCAUUCCUCUAGCCAUGCCCCCCAACACAGAGCGCAAGAAGAUUACACUGACUGUUGGAAACCAGCUAUCCUACAAGAAAAUCUACAACGUUGUGGGAUACCUGAAAGGAAAGAGGAACCCAGAUCGCUAUGUGCUGGUUGGCAGUCGUCAUGACAGCGACCAGGGAGGCGGGGCUUCAGCUAUCAUGAAUCAGCUUAUCGCGGCGCUGACAGAGCAGACCAAACGAGGAUGGGUGCCAGACCGUACCACUGUGUUUUGCUCGUGGGGAGGCUCGGCCCUGGGAAACAUCGGGUCCUAUGAAUGGGGAAAGGAUAACAGCGUUGUCCUACAGAGCAGUGCAGUGGCCUACGUCAGUCUGAACUCACCCGUUAGAGGGACGGAGACUCUCAGAGCUACAGCUUCCCCAACUCUGCUGCAACUCACCUCAGAUAUACAGAGGAGACAGUUGCUGAGUUGCAUUCGUGGUGGGAACUGCCCUGGACCAAACGUCAGCUCGCUGCAGUUGCCUGGAGAUGUGAGUUUCUUCGCCAACCAACUGGGUGUUGCCACCAUGGAGUUUGCCUUUGAGCAGACCAAAGCAGAGGAGACAGAGACCACCAGUUUCCUGUCAGAAGCCCAGUUUUCUGUGGAGUCGCCAGAAACCCUGGACCCGCUUUUCAAGUUCCACGAAACCAUUGCGAAGAUGACAGCAGAAGCAAUUCUCCGCCUGGUCAGUGAUCCUGUGCUGCCGUUCUACCCUCUGGACAUUGCCCUGGAUGUACAAAACAAACUGAAAGACAAAAGCGUGAUAUCUCCGUCCCUGCUGUCCUCAGCCUCCUCUUUGAGAGACCACGCAGCUUUCUUCCAGUCUGAAACCAUGCGACCAGCCAAUGACCCUAAAGAGCGUGAUCCCUCCCACGUGCGGAUGCUCAACGAUGUGCUCCGUGACCUGGAGAAGAGCUUCAUCAUCCCACAGACACCGCCCGGAGUGUUCAGAAACCUGUUAUACAGCCUUCCAGGAAAGACUCCUCAGUUUUCCAUCCUCAAGCUCUUCCAGGAAGCCGUCCUGCACUGCAACGUCACCAGGAAAGCAGUCAAACGCAACUCUGUUGACAAGGAAGUGCUUUGCCACAGCACCAUGAACCAGUCUCUGUCUCUCAUCCUCAGGUCCAUCCGGUCAGCUGAGAGGCUGGUGUGUUUUGGCCUGGACCUGUUUGAGAACUACCCAAAUGACACAAUAUGA